AUGCAUACAGGUGUGCCUGGACGUGCUUUCUUGGAUACCCAGGAUUGCGCGUUUACAAUUUGAAUGUGUGAUUUUUUUUUUGUUUAGCUUUAAGGAAGGGACCGCGCGCCUGCAGCGGAGCGGCUUUGCUCUGCAGCUCAUACUCUGCAACUGGGGCAUGCGUUCAGUUAACACAGCGGACCAACAAGCUGCUGUAGUCGGGAUCAGAUUGACGGGAAUGAAACGACGUCUUGGUCCUCUGUAAUGAAUGGCAGAGCCUCGAUGUAUGUAGGAGGAUUUCGACUUUAAUACGAAGAGGACGUAGAAAUCCUAAAUGUGAGAAGGCAGGUGCUCUUUCAAAUAUCAAGCUCGGUUUUAUUCCAGUUUAUUUGGCAGAGCGGAUUUUCGUCCGGAGCCUGUUUAGACGCAACGUCUACCUGACAGAUGUGUGGCCCCGCAGCUGCUACCUACAGAUCUACUGUGUUUGGCUGUGAAUCACUGAGACUCCUGCAGCUGCAGUUAUCAUCAUCGUCAACAACAUCUGCCACUUCAAACACAAGACACACGAGGACAGAAGCUACCUUUGAGCUGAUCAAAGUGUGAGAAAGUACCUGCAGAUGAUGACUCUGGCAGGGCUGCUGAGAGCAGUAUGAGAUAAUUCAGGACUACCACACUAAUAUCUGAUUUAAGCUUUUUUUUUUGUUUUGGGGACUGAUGAAAAUGUUCCAGUGUGUCAGUUGACUGACAGAGUUGCAGUGGUGUUCUAGCACGGGACAUAACCAGCAGCUCAGGCGCAGACACCACCAAGCAGAUGGCUCGUCCAGGAUCAGGGUUGCUGGUGCCCAUGAACGGAGUGGGAUACCCCCCUCAGAACCUGGCCAGGGUGGUGGUCUGGGAGUGGCUGAAUGAACAUGGGCGCUGGAGGCCGUACAGUGCGGCGGUUUGCCACCAUAUAGAGAAUGUAUUGAAAGGUGACGCCCGUGGAAGUGUAGUUCUUGGGCAGGUGGAUGCUCAGCUUUCUCCUUACAUCAUCGACCUGCAGUCCAUGCACCAGUUUCGACAAGACACAGGCACCAUGAGACCAGUCCAGAGAAACUUUUAUGAUCCAUCAUCUGCACCAGGGAAAGGUGUGGUGUGGGAGUGGGAGAACGACAACGGCUCAUGGACACCAUAUGACAUGGAGAUCUGUGUGACCAUCCAGAACGCCUACGAGAAGCAGCACCCCUGGCUAGACCUGACCUCUUUGGGCUUCUGCUACCUCAUUGACUUCAACAGCAUGUCUCAGACCAACAGGCAGAGUCAGCGCAAGCGACGCCUACGAAGACGCAUGGACCUAGCCUACCCCCUCAUUAUGGGCUCUAUUCCCAAGUCCCAGUCCUGGCCCGUUGGCGCCAGCUCUGGCCAGCCCUGUUCCUGCCAGCAGUGUAUCCUCGUCAAUAGUACAAGAGCUGCCUCUAAUGCUAUUCUGGCCUCUCAGCGGCGUAAGAUUUAUGGAGGGACAGCAGGCAACUCAGGCGCUACAGGAACCCUUACUGUAGUGCGGCAGAGCAACACCUUUGCUGGUACCUCACUCUGGUCUCCAACAUCCGUCUCCUCCGGCACAAACAACAAUAACAUAAGUGUGGGAGGUGGGCAAGCUAAAGCCGAACAGGUGCAGUCGCCACUGUCUUCUGCCAACUUCCCCUGUUCCCCUGUGAUGCCAUCUCUUUCAUCCGCCCAUGGCCACCACACUCUCACCAUUAAUGGACAGAACAACCUGAACCGGCCAGGCACCCAGCGUAUUUCCAUGGGGACGGCCCGAGGAGCCAUUCCACCCGGUGUUCCUGCUCUCCCAGUGAAGAAUCUAACUGGCUCUGGACCAGUGCACCCAGCACUAGCAGGUAUGACAGGUAUCCUGAUGUGCGCUGCAGGUCUGCCAGUUUGCCUGACCCGAGCACCAAAGCCCAUACUGCACCCACCACCCAUCAACAAGAGUGACAUGAAGCCUGUGCCAGGGAUCAAUGGCAUGCGCCGCAAAACCAAGAAGAAGCACCUCAAGAGAGGAAAAAACCCAGAGGAUGUGGUGCGAAGAUAUACAGAGAAGAUUAAAGUAGUGCCAGAUGAGGAUUGUACCAUCUGUAUGGAGAGGCUGGUAAUGUCGUCAGGCUAUGAAGGCGUCCUGCAGCACAAAGGCAUCAAGCCAGAGCUGGUGGGCAAACUUGGCAAAUGUGGUCACAUGUACCAUCUGCUGUGCCUGGUGGCCAUGUACAACAAUGGCAAUAAGGAUGGCAGUCUUCAGUGCCCAACAUGCAAAACCAUCUAUGGAGAGAAAACAGGCACCCAGCCUCCUGGGAAGAUGGAGUACCACGUGAUCCCCCACUGCCUGCCCGGCUACCCGGACUCCAAAACCAUCCGUAUUGUCUAUGACAUUCCUGCUGGUAUCCAGACUGAUGAGCACCCAAACCCAGGGAAGAAGUUCAGUGCGAGGGGGUUCCCUCGACACUGCUACCUCCCCGACAACGAGAAAGGCAGGAAGGUCCUGAAACUCUUGAUCAUGGCCUGGGACCGCCGCCUCAUCUUCACCAUCGGCACAUCCAGCACCACAGGAGAGUCAGACACAGUGGUGUGGAAUGAGAUUCAUCAUAAGACAGAAUUCGGCUCUAACCUAACCGGUCAUGGCUACCCUGACACCAACUACUUGGACAACGUCUUGACAGAGCUGUCGGCCCAGGGGGUCGGCGAGGAUAACCUGAAGGACUGAUAACCAGCUGAGCUAGCACACAGGAACACAAUCCACCAUGUCCCGCUGUUGUUCAGAGAAAAGGGAUGCUACUUGAUGGGCCAUCAUGCAGCUGACAACUCCUAACUUCCUACAAACAUCCUUCAAAAGUGGUGGAAUAAGAGCAAUAGAAUCAGAAAUAAAGUUGGGUUUUGUAUUGCAUAACCUAGAAUAUCCCCCAUGCUGUGUCUUGAUCCAUGCUUUGAGCAUGUUGUAUCCAUGACAGUCUUUAAUAGGGUUAUGGAUAUGAGAAGGUUUUUGUACUGAUGUUGGAAGCUGCAAGCAAAUUGUAUUUAACCCCUUUUAGAUUUAAACCGAUGUCCGCUCCUUUGCCUUUGGAGUUAAAUGCCAAGGGGCCAAAUCAUACAUAUUUGCAAAUGCUGAACUUUUCAAUGCAUGGCCCCGACUAACGCUGCAAAUGAAUGUUGAGUAAUUAUUUUUGCAAUAAAGUGAAAGGUGUUGCUUAAUAUUAUGAAGAUAAAUGGAGGAGACUUUCAGCUUUACGAAUUAAUCCAAAUUAUUGGUCAUUUGCUUUUCCCAUUUACUUUUAUAAUGAAUCAUUGACCUGCCUGAAGUGGUGCAGCCUAGUUGUGUGAUUUUAAGAAGAUUCUGGUUUUUGGUGACAUUUUUAACCUCUGAUACAACAGGUUGGUUAAUCUGCAAAAUGGUUCUGCAGUUUCUGAUUCAUACUCCAGAGAACUGAAGACUACGAAAUAUUGGUGUUUGUUUAUAAAUGUGUUUUGUACGGUUAAAUUUGUGGAUUGUGUAUGAGAAGAAACAAGCGUCAGUUUAUCGCCUGUUACGGCAUGUUGUACCUGAGGCUCCGAGUUUGUAAAGCAGGAUCUGCACUUGCGCUCCAAGGUGAAACUCAUUUGUUUCGUUGACACGCUAAUGUUGUGACCUCUGUGAAUGUAAAGCCUGCAUUAUUAUUCUCCCUUUUGGAGGAAUCCCAGUCACUAGCGUGAUCCAUCAUGUUUACCCUACGUGAGGGGCGAGUGUGCGAUCACUUGCUGUUAGGCAUUACUAUGCUGGCUUUAAGUCCUUGAGGAGAAGGCGGAACACACAGACAAAUGUUCUUCUUUUAGACACCAACAAUUUUCCUGUGGAGAUCCAUCUUGGGUAGCACUCCUGCUCGUCUGCAAUCUGCAAGUCUCCUGUGAGCCUGCUCGCUCUUAGGCAGCAUACUGGGCUCAGCUGCCUGCAUUGUGUAGCAAGCAGCGAAACAUCUUAUUUCGUUCGUGAGCUCACUUAGAGUGGUUAGGGCCGAUACUGAUGAAUGACUUGGACCCCAGUCUUCUCCUCAGCUGCAGAGUGCUUCAUCAUAGGAGGCAUGCAAAUAUUGGUCUAGAAUUGAAUUGGAUGAGAACAAUUUUUUCCUACUCGCUUCUUUUUCUCUGUUGAUGGUGUCCAUGGGCUAAAGACUCUUUGAAGGUCUUUGUGAUGCUUUUUUUUUGCUCUGAGAUUAAAAAUAAUCCAAAUGGUGCAUAAUUCUCCAUCAGUGGAUCUGAUCAAUUUAAAUGCAGAGGGGCGCCAGUGUUUCAGUAGGCACCCAGCAGUGGGUUAAAUCAUAGUCUUCCAUAGCACUUUGAGGCAACUGUUUUUGUUUCUUUCUUUGUUUAAACAGUAUGUUAAUUUUCGGAAAAUGUUUUAAAUUGCAAUUAAAUAUGUCCUUUUUUUAAGUUGACGUUUGUAAAAUUGUAAUGCUUUAAAUUAUAUACAUGUACAUAUAUAUAUAUAUAUAUAUACAUAUAUAUAUAUAUAUAUAUAUACAGAUGUGACAUACCUUUAACUUAAAGCUCAGUUUGAGUCGAUGGUGUAACUUUAGUUUAUUUUUAUAUUCUUCUAUAUAGAAAUUAUAAAAACUGUCCCACAUAUUUAUACGCAGGCACAUGUUAACAUAAAUACAUGUAAUCUGGCAGGAUUUGUCAGUUUGUCAGGGACUGAAACAUGUAUGACUUGUUAUGGAUGUCUAAUAUUACAGGUCUUAGCGUAUGCUGCUGUUGUUACCUUAACCUAGAAUCUUUGUAGUUGAUCUGCUGUGGGAUGCCAGUAAAUACAAUUAAUGUGUCUUUAUUAUUGGUGGGGGAGCUCUAGCAGCAUGAAGAAGAUGGUUGCCCCCCCCCCCCCCCCCCCCCCCUUCCAGGAUGGGGCCAUUUCCCUUUUUCUACUUGACCCAACCAUGGGAAAGACAUGGAGUUGGUCAUUUAAGUGAAGUGUGAAGGUUAAACAGCAAAUAUUCUUAAGUUUGUUUGUUUUAGUUUGGUAAAGACAUAUUGAUGGGACUCAGCUUAGAUAGAUGUCAAAUAUAAAGAACUAAGCUGAACUAAAGAUCUUAAAAAUAUAUUAGAGAUCAAGUUUACUAUGUCCUUGCAAACUUUGGUACACCAACACAGAGAUGCCUCGCAGUUUUAAUAAUGUGUAUUUAUGACUGUCAGAAGAGGAAGUUUAUCCACAGUUAAAAUACUUGUAAAAUUGCUUGUUAGUUUAGCUACACAUGCCAGAUAUGGAACAAUGAUGCAGGAUAUCUGAUUAUCUUCAUGACAAUAUACUUAAUCUCUAUAAAUAGAAAUGAUAACAUUCCAUUAAUAUCCAAGAUCUACUAAAAAUAUUUUAAUUAGGUUUCUGCUAAAGUUUUCUCCUUUAGAUAAAUGUUUAUGAAGUACUGGAUUUGUAAAAAUUCCGUAGUGUACGAGCCUAUCCAUGUUGAAUUCUGCAGGGUUGAAAUUGUAUAAAAGAAACUUAAUUUAAAUCAUAUUUGGACUGCAGAACCCAUGAGAAAAGGAACCUUUAGAAGUACCAUGCCCCUAGUCCUUGUUUGAAGCAAAAUAAAUAUAUAAAAUAAAAAUAGAGAGAAAUUUUCCCAAAUUAUAAACAAUAGGAGGGUUCUCUCUAUAUGAUGACUCUGCACCUACUCUUGGCUUUACAGCAAGUUUCAUCUCAUUGUUCAGGCUGGAAAUUUACUGUUUAGGCAGCAGAGAGUUUGCAGAAUUUGGAAAUCCCAGGAGGUCAAAAUUACAAAGCAGCACCUUCACUUCUCUGUCUGCUUCUAUGCAGAAUUCAUUCAGCAACAAUAACUGCAAUCACACACAAAAAGCAAGAGGAAUUAAUUGUGGAGUCCAAAAUUAGAUAGCUUUUUACUGAAAGUUGAACUGAUUUAAAACAAGUAGGUUAGAUCCAAGUGAGACUUUUGAAAACAUUGGCUGUUACCUGAACCAAAACCAAUUAGUUGUAGCAGAUUUAAGCAUGUCAUUAACUACUUUAGGUUGUAUUUUUUUUAAAACAAUGUUUCUUUCAAGAGGCUAAUUGAGAUCUGUUUUACCUUUUGGCUGUGCUUUUAAAUACAGCUUCCAAGUAACCUGCACAAGCUAAAUCAAACUACUAAAAAUAUCAGAGCUCAGUUUUGACCCAGGUGUUAAAGAAAGUUGCUGUUCAGCCUGUUCCAAUUUAAGUUUUCUUCUUCACAUCCUAUAACAUUAAAGAGCAAGAGAAAAUACUUGUAAUCUUUCAGGGAAUUCUUUUUCCAUGUUGAAGGGAGUUUCAGUAACUAGAGGGAUCCAGAUGUUUUACUCUUCAAUUUUUCUUUUCCAUUUGUAGGAGUUGUAGUAUGAACAAUGCAGGCCCUUUAGACUUUUCAGGUGUGUAAAGACUCAUGGGAAGGAUGAUGCUUAAUUAAAGAAGAGAGAGAUGGUUUUUAUGCAAUUUACUAUUUUUGAGAUCUAGUACAUAAUUUAUGUGUAGCAGGAAUGCUGAUUUCUGGUAUAAAUGGCAUGGGAUGUUUUCUUUAUGGGGUGCUUACCUCCAGGUUUCUAAACUAGAGGGUUGCAGUCCGAGGAUGUUAACAUGUAUUUGAAAACAUAUAUUUUUGAUGUCUUUUUUUAAUGAUUGUCUCUAAAAGAACUCUUACAUAAUAUUUCCUGUAUUAUUCUUAUUAAGAUUCAUGUCAUAUGGUUGCAUUUGAUUAGAAGUGAGAUAAGGGAUGAAAUUAUUUUGUUCAUAUUCUCUCAUAGUGUUUGUUGCAAACUGUACGCCUCUCUCUAAGUGAUACCAUAACAUUUUGUGUGGAUAUACAGUUUGUCUGUGUCUGUCUGUGAGAAUGAGUGUGUGCUACGUGAGCAUCUAGUAGACAAAGCUGAGGUUCAUGUCCUUUAAAGAUACAGUAAUCUUCUCCUAGAGGUGCAUGUCAACCAAACUGUGAGCAAGUGUACUGACAAUGCAUAGCUCUUUGCGUAUGAAGAAAAUCAUAGUGUCUUUAGAAAUAAUAUCACCUUUUUUUUCUGGUGAAUUCCCACUGUGGUUUUACAACUUUUUCAGUAAGAAAGAUGUUUUUUUCCGCUGUUGGUUUUGAUUUACGCAGAUGAGGAUGGGACAGCGUUUGGCUGCUCUCCUCACUCUUCAGACACCAUAUAAAACAUCUGAAUGUUUUGCAUUAUAAGUGCCCAUUUGAUUUUUGUGGUUUAUUUAACCCUAAGCAGUGUGACAUAAUCUAAAAGCAAGAUAUGGAGAGACAUUGAUUAAACUAUAAAGGGCUUCUUAAUCAAUCAGUCUUUAUUAAAUUGUGAUGACCUUGUUGCAUGUUUGUUUCUUGUGAAAAAAAAAUAAAUAAAUGUGCCCUUGAUGGGGGUAUUAUGUUUGGCA